AUGAGUAAUAAUACCAAACGUGAAUAUUAAGAUGAUGAUGACGAGGAACAUGAUAGCGAUUUAAUGAGCGACUUCUCAGAUGAAGAAAAGCGUCACAAAGACUUAAAGAGCUAAUUUAAAGGCUAAAGGCAAUAAAAGAUCCCUCAAUAAAUUUCAUAACUCAUUAGUGAUGCUAAUUCAAAAUAUGUCUUUUAAAAUCAAAUAGACGAAGCCAUAGAAAUAGCAAAAGAAAUUAUUAGACAAUACCCUAGUUUUACAGAUUCUUAUGAUUUGCUUGGAAACAUUUUUGAAGAAUAAGGUAUGAUGAAAGAAGCUGCUGAAUAUUAAUUCUUGGCUGCUUAUUAGAGUAAUGCAAAUGCGAAAAAAUGGGAGGGUAUCGCUUAGUUAUAUAAAAAGGCAAAAUGUUAUGAUAGUGCUGGCUAUUGCUUUGGGAGAGUUCUUAAAAGCGACACAUUAAAUACAUCUCUUUGGUGUGAGAGAGCUAAGUGCUACGAACAAACAGGUGAACUUAAAAAAGCAAUCAAAUGCUUUGAAAGAGUUAUUAAAAUGGACGAAAAGAAUUUUGAUGCUAUAAAAAAUUGUGCAAAACUCUAUUUGAAACUUGAUAAGAGUGAUGAAAGUAUAAAGCUUCUUAAAACAAUGAUUAAACCAAACGACAUGAAUAAGAAUUAUAAUAUUAUCCACAUGAUAUGUGAAAUAUUUAACAAAAAAUAAUAAUAUAAAGAAUUGUGCGAAUUUUUAGAGGAAUACUGUGAGAUGAAAGAUAAAAACGUUAGAGAAACCAUUUUAGAUGAACUUCCUUUAGCAAUUUUAAUAUUUUAUGCUGUUUCACAUGCAAAACUAUAAAAUAAGGAGGAAUGUGAAUUAGGAUUUAAUUUAAUUUUAAGAAGAGAAAUGGAAGAAAAUGAUGACUUUGUCUCUAUCAUGGAAGAACUUGCAGAAAUGUAUGAAUCUUCAAAGGAAGAAGAAAAAGCUCUCUAAAUUUACAAAAGAUUAAUAUCACUGCCAUUUUUGUAGAUGAAUUAUCAAUAAGUUUGGGAAAAAUAUGGAACAUUAUUACUUAAACUUCACGAAAAUGAAGAAUCAAUCAAAGAAAUCGAAGAAAUAAUUUAAAAAUUUCCAGAUUCAAUUGAUUUAAGAACCGAGUUGUCUUCAGUAUAUUAGAGUCUUGGACGUAACUAGGAUUCCUUAAAAAUUCUUGAAAAUUUACUAAGGGAUGACAUUGAAGAGAACGACUUCGAAACUAGGAAACAAUCGGACGAAAUCAAUUUAGAUAUUAAAGAAGAGGACAUUGACAGAUAUAGCUACACUGCAUCAUAUUAAGAUGAAAAUAAUGAUGAAGAUGAGUACAUCUAUUAAAACGAUGAUGAUGAUGAAGAUGAUGAAAACUAUUAAGACCGAAUUAAAGUUGACAAAAAAAAUAUUUUUGAUAGAUUUUAUUUAGAUAAAUCAGAUCAAAAGAAAACUAAGAAAGAAAUAGGUGUAGAUAAUGAUGACAAUGAAGAUCAAGAUGCAGGUGAUGAUGAUAGCGAUUUUAAUUAUGAAGAAGAGUAGCAUAAAAGAGUUAGUUAGAAAAAAUAAGCUUCUAAAAUUUCAGGAUAAUAUGAUUAAAUGAGAGAAUAAAAUGAAAUUAAGCCUAUGAAAAAGAAAAAACUUAAUAGCAGGGUAGAAAAAAAAAUAAAAAAUUAAAUGGAUGAUGAGAAAGAUGAUGAAAUCUUCUAAAUAAAUAAGUAUUAACAAAAAGAUUUCUUUGAAUAAACUUAAGCCAAAAAGAAUGAAUUAGCUUAACACUACUCAGUCAAGAACAUGUAUCUUGAGUAUAAAAAAGGAUAAAUAAUUUUAGAUACAACGAAGGAGAUUUCGAAGCAUAAACUUGAUAAAUAGUUCUAGACCUUAAAAUAAUCCCUUUAGCUUGAAAAGGAAUAUAAUAAUUUAAAAAAAUCUGUACUCAAUCGUAUUUUGAUAGAAAGCUAAAAAAAAGGGUUCCAGAGAAGACUAACAACUCCUAAUAACCUAAAGACAUUUGAUAAUCCAAAUUAAACACUUCUUAUUAAAAAGAAAAGACAAAUGGAGGAACAAGAAAUAUUAAUGAAAAAAAAAUUCAAAAAAUCAGAAGAACUGACAGCAAAAUAUUUAUAGAAUGUUGAAGUUCUUUCUUUAAAAGUUGGUCAUGAAGAAUAUAUUUAAUAUUUAAUUAAAAUGCUUAAAGUGUUAGUGAAGUAUGAUUGCUAUGUAAAAAUAUCCAAAAUUUGUUCAUUGGCACAUAAGUUGCAUGUAUGGAAAGAUAUAAGAUUCUUUGGCUAUCAAGAAACUGUUGCAAAAUAUGGGCUUCUAGCAACUCUUAAAUUAGAGAACUAUGAUAAAGCUUUUACAUACAUAAAGUUAUUAAUUAACAGAAAUUCAGAUAGACUGUAUCUUUAAGUUAUUUUAUGUAUUAUAAUGAGACAUAUAUCUAAUGUCAAUAUCUACAAAACAUUUUUAUCAAGAAUGGUUAAAAAAUCUGAUGAUUCACCUAAAUUUUUACCAAUUGUUGCAUGUGGUUUUUUAGAAACAGGAAACUUUGAUUUAGCAACUGAUGUUCUUCAUACAAUACUUAAAAAUGAUAAAGCAAAUUCAUUAUGUAAUUUAUCUUUAAGUGUAUGCUAUGCUUAACUAACAACAGCAAGAACAACUUAUGAAAAAGAGCAAAUGGCUGCUAAAGCUGUUCAUUACAUGUAAGCCUACUAAUAAACUAGAGGAUUGACUAGAUAAAUGGAAAUAUAUUAUAAUUUAGGUAGAUUCUUCAUUCAUCUUAGCAUGAAUGAAAAAGCUAUUGAAAACUUCGAAAAUUGUAUUUAACUUUUUUCAAGUAAAAAUUUGAAAGGAAGCUACACAUUAAACCCAAAAUCUAAAGAAACAGACGAAAAAAUACUUUAAAAGGCAAUUUAUAACUUAAUUUUGCUUCAUAAAAAUUUAGGUAAUUACCAAAUAGCCCAAUCUUUAUUAAGAUAAUACAAUACUCUAAGUUGA